UUUCCUUCUCUCGCUACCACAUCGUGGAUUUCAACAUGGCGAGCGCAUCCACAUCACAAGUGACUCUCAACGCCGAGGUCGGUUCCUCCUCUUCGACCCCCUCAACUAGCUCCACCGCUCCCACUCGCCCGGCCUCCGCCAAUCCCUCCUCAAAACCCAAGACAACUCCAUGGGCUCGCAAGCUCCAAGAGCGGCAGAGGCUGGCUGCAAUGAAGACGAAAGAGCGCGAGAUGAAGGCAGAGGUUGAGGCGAUCAAAGAGAGGAGAAGGAAGAAGCAGGAGAAGGAGCGAUUGGGACGGAUGGCUGAGAAGAUGAGCGCCAAACGUCUCGAGAGGAAAAAGAAGAAGAUGGGAAUCGCCAACAAGAAGGUGGCACAUUAAUGUAAAGGUCACGACGUAGAGAAAAUCGAUGGCUCUCUUCCGUCGCAGACUGGCCUACUGAUGACUCUCAAGCUGUCAAUGGGUCUUGCAGUGCAGGACUUGCUGAGCCACCGCACGAUGGGAGCAGCGCACCUUGUCUGCUGCCGCCGCCAAUCA